CGGGGAGCUCGCCUGGCCCCUGGAGCUUCCUGUCCUCUGCCAGGCCGGCUGCACACUGCGCUCAUUGUCUGUGAUGCUCCCAGCCGGCCGCGCCUGCCUCUCAGUGGCCAACCGGCCUUGGCCCUGCCUCUGCAGGAAGGAGUGGACGCAAGUGGCAUCUGGGCCAUUCCACCAGCGCUGCCCAGGGGCAAACACCACUGUCCACAUCUUGGCAUAGUCAGUCACCCGCCGCUUUACCCGCUGGAAGUGUACACUCGCCCUCCACCAGCAUGGCCACAUCCUCCCAGUACCGCCAGUUGCUGAGUGACUAUGGGCCACCAUCACUAGGGUACACCCAGGGAACUGGAAACAGCCAGGUACCCCAGAGCAAAUAUGCAGAGCUGCUGGCCAUCAUUGAGGAGCUGGGAAAGGAGAUCAGACCCACAUACGCAGGCAGCAAGAGCGCCAUGGAGCGGCUAAAGCGGGGCAUCAUCCACGCGCGCGGGCUGGUCCGGGAGUGUCUCGCCGAGACGGAGCGCAACGCCAGGUCCUAGCGCAGCGGCCCCCUCUGACCUCUGCAGCGGAGGUGCAGCCUGCGCCCCGUUGCGGAGAGACCCAUUUUGGAAAUGUUAACAGUUUAGUUCUUUUCUGCUGUGGUUUACGAGGCUGUGAACCCAAGAAUGAGAAAAGAUCUCACAGGGAAUCCGGGUUUGCAUCUGACAUAGUGAGGCCAGCCCAGGGGUUUGUUUUUUUAAGCAUUGAUGUAAAAGAUGCACGUGCGUUAUUUUACAACACACCGUUGUUUCCACCCAAGAUCCCACUGUCUCCCUUUACUCUCCUCUGUUGAGUACAUCUACACCUCCCCAUCGAUCUUUGCUCCCUGUCCCUGUCCUAGACCCUGCUGCCUGGGACUGGGUUCUGCACCGGCAGCACCCAGCUGAUGGGGCGGAGCCUCUCUGCUUACGCAUUUGCAUGACUCUUAGCGCUUUGAAGUCAGUUCUAAAAAUGCACAAGUUAUAAAUACAGAAGAAAGAGCAACCGACCACACCUAAAACGGACCCUGGACACUUUCAGACUGUAGAUUUCAUUCUGCAUUUGCCCUAAGUUGAUCAAAAUAUCCAGAAGAAAAUGACUAAAGCUGUUUGCAUCUUUGUAUUUAUUACUUGAGGUAAUAAAGCUUAUUUUCAUUAACAAAUUGUAUUAUGUGAGUUCCUUGGAAAAUUCUGAUGUACUGUCUUAAAGACCCCCUCCCCCUUUUUUUGGCUUACUUUGAGAGAUAGGGUCUCACCAUAUAGGUCAAGCUGGCCUCGCACUUGCGUGACCCUCCUGCCUCAGCCACCUGAGGGCUGGGACUGCUCCUCUGAGCUGUGCUCACCUGCUGCAGAGGGCCCUGCGUGCGCUCAUGCCGCAGCCCAGCUGGCCAGGGAAAGCGCCCCUGUGCUCCAGGCGAGGCAGGGCGUGUCUGACAGCAGCAGAUGCCACAUGCUAGGAAAGAAACUGGAAAAUUUGGGGCCACAAGGCUGAUGCAGCAAAAGGCCACUGCCAUGCCAACGUCCUCGUCCUCGCUGGGGGCUGCGCAAGCCUGCACAUUCCAGAGUGUUCCAGAGCGUGUGUUUUCUGUCCUUGGUCAGUAAGGCAUGCUGUGUCUGAUGGCACCGAGCCUCACCCAGACGAUGGAAAACAUGACAGGCCUGGGAGUGCAGCCCAGCGGGGAGGCCCUGGGUUUGACCCUGGCACUGGAAACAAAACGAACCCCCCAUCAAUGUACAGGAGAUGUCACUGGCCACAUGUGCUCUGUCCACAAGCUAACAGUAAAUGGCAAGCACCUCAGUAACACCUUUGCCGUCUUUUCCUCUUAACCUCUUCACCUCAUGGGAUAAAUGGCUUCUUAACCCCAAGCAAGCUGUAUGGUGGUUCACACCUGUAAUCUCAGUACAAUCCUAGCACUCAGGAGGCUGAGGCAG